UGAUAAUAAACAGGAAAUUUAUCAUUUACUAUGAAGUAUUGUUUUUAUAAACUUAUAAUAGAUAGAUCUGUAUAGAAUGGAAAAAAUGGAGUUCUUUUGAUGAUACAUGAAAAAUUACAUAUGUUAAAAGGGAAAUUUAAAAAAAAAAACUUUUUAUAUGAUCAGGCAGAAACAGUAAACUUAUAUUUCAGGCGACUAUUUUUAAGGACUGUGUAAUCUUUCUGAAUUGUGAAAAGUAUGAUAGAAAAUCAAGAGGGAUCACAAUUACAAAUAGAAAAGCCAAAUUACAUCACACUUUGAAAAAGUUUCAAUUUAAAGAUGACACAUACACAUGGCACAUAAAAAAAAAAGAGUCCAUGAUGAAGUUUCCUCACAUUCUGAAGAAGAAGUACACGCACCUAAGCAUCAUCCUCAACAUCAUCAACAACAUCAUCAUCAUCAUUCAAAGAAAGCUCAAGAAGAUAUUGUUGCUGAUAUCCAACAUUAUGGCUUGGAGGUCAAUGAAAGAAUAUUCCUUUGGUUGCAUGCAAAAGUGGGCCAGCUCUCUCAAACCUGGGUGACUCACGGUAUGCUGCUUGUCGCAGUGGUGCUUUAUGCUUUUGCUGGUGCUUUCCUCUUUCGACUUUGUGAGGCCAAUGACAAACCAAUUGAAAUAAAAGACCUUUUUGAAUCAAGACCUGAACUUGUGCAAGUGAUAAUGUCUGAGCAAUCCAAAUUUACUUCAUCAGCAAACACUCCGAAAACGGUUGAAUAUUUUUUUGGUAAUGUGACCAAAGGUUUCCAGGAUUAUGAAUUGGCAAUUUCAGCUAACUAUAACCACAACAUUGUGAUGGCUCGUGGAAAGGAUGAGUUGAACUGGGAAUUCUGGAAUACCGUGUUCUUUUGCUGCACAGUUUUUACAUCAAUUGGUUAUGGUCACAUGUACCCAGUUACAACUAUAGGAAGAUUAUUGACAAUGGUCUAUGCAGUAAUUGGAAUACCACUUUUUCUUAUUGUACUCACAGACUUUGGCUUUGUACUGACAAGAGUUAUUAAAUUUCUUUGGCUAAUUUUUCGCCGUAUUUAUUACACAGGGAGCUUUAGGAAAGAAGAUGAUGAAAUAGAAAGAAGGACUUCGACAGCCUCUGACGAACUUGAAAUGGGGGUGGAGGAUGAUGAGAUAAGGAUAGAUGAUGAUGAAAAUGCUCCACUGCCUGUUACACUUUGCCUGAUGUUUUUUGCUCUUUAUAUAUUUUUAGGAUCCAUACUCUUUUUCUUGUGGGAAGAUUGGACAUUCUUUGAGGCUUUUUACUUUUUAUUUAUUUCCAUGACAACUCUUGGUUUGGGUGAUUUUGUGCCAAAGAAUCAAGAUAACAUGAUGAUUUCCGUUGUUUUCAUGGGUUUUGGCUUAUCGUUAAGUUCAAUGUGUAUUAAUGUUGUCAGGGAAAGGCUGGUUGAAUCAAUGAUAGAGGCAAGUUCAAAGAUUGGCGAGAAAUACGGAAUUGAAAUUGAAAUCGACAAAGAUCUUAUUGAGGAUCCAGGAAUGGAGAAAAAGGAAAAGAAUGACAAUGAUACUUAAGAGAGUCAGAGGAAAAAACUCAUUUUUAUUGUUUAAUAGCCUCAAAAUAAUUCAGAUAAUUUUAACUAAUGUUUUGAAACAAAUCUUAAAAACUGUCAUCGAGGUGAACAUAAAAUAUGUAAAUAACUUUUUAAACUCACUUUGCAAAAGUGAGAUGACUUACAAUAGUAAAAAUACUGAAUUUUGUUGUAAAUGUGUCCUAUAUUGGUAAAUGACAUUUGUUUUAAAUUACACUUAUACAUAAAAGUCUCUAUUGGUAUUAUUAUGGUUUCAAUAAGAAAAAAAAGUGCAAUAAAUGUUUAAAUAU